AUGGACGACGACGACGAAGACAGCGACAACACGCCCCUGAUCGUGCGGAGAUCAAGGGCGUUCGCAGCGGCCGUAGCCGCCUCCUCGGUGGCGCCUUCCGCCCAGGCAACGGCCGCCAAGCCCGCAGCGGCCGCCGCUCCAGGGGUGCCCGUCGGUACUUUGGCAGCGGCCGCGUCCGUGGGGGUCGCCGGAGCCGCAAUGACGACAUCCGCCCUAGCAGCGACCGCCGGCACCGCGUCGGCAGCUGCUCCGGGAGCACUCGUCGACUCCUUGGCGGGGGCCCUGAGCGACCCGGCGACGGCCUCAGCAGCAACGGCCGCCGGGGGCAUGAGCGCGCCCGCACCGGGGGCGAGUGCUACCGUAAUCAAUCUCGACUCUGUCGUCGAGGUCACGGGGGCGGCGGAAGACGAGAUCCAUGGCCUCCGCGUCAAGCUGGAGGUACAAGUCAAGGCCACCGAGGACGCGGUGGGAGCAGCGGCUUGGCACGAGAUCCAGCUUGGCUCUGCCAAGGAUAGAGCGGCCAAGCUUGAGACCGAACUGACCGCCGUCCGGGAGGAGCUUGCCAAGGCCGGCAACGCGAUCGCGGUGAAGACCGUGGAGCUUGCGGCGCUGGAAGACAACGUCCGCAAAGCCAAAAAGGCUGCGCAUGACGCUUGGCUCCAUCACAGCACGCUGAUCGGGCAGCGGCAAAUAGAAACCUAG